AUGCAAAUUAUAUUUCAAAUAAAAAUAGUGAUCAUUAUAAACCCAAAGUUUGCUGUGACUACAAAAAAUGAAAUUUGGAAUACGAUCAAUGGAUAUGUUGAAACAUUGAAACGAGGUAUUUUCAAACAAGCUGGAGUUUCUGUUGAGAUUUAUACAAGAACUGAUAUCAAACUUUCGAGAGGUAUAUUUUUAAUUUUUUUUUUAUUUAAAACAAAUUGUAUAAGUAUUACCCAAAAUUGAAAAUCUUCAUUGAAAACAUUUUAUUAUGUUUAAUAGAUAUACCUAAAAAAUAGAAUUUAAAUACUAUAUAAUACCUAUUCAUAUACAUAAUUAAUAACAAUAUGCAAUUUUUUUUUACUUUUACUUUACUCUAGGUACCCAUGGUUAUGAUUUUCAAAAGAAAAUUAAAUUUGAAUUAAAUUACCUACUAUUUACGUACAUUAUUACAAACAAAUUAUAUUUUUAAGCUUUAUUAAAAAAAAUUGCGUUUAAUUUAAUUUUUGCUUAUCAGCAUUUUAGUCAGGGAAGUUUUUACUUUCCUACUUUUUAGUAGUAUAAAUAUUUGAUAAUAUUGAUAAUUUUUUUUUUAUCCAAGACCAAUUUAGAUAGAAGUCAUAUGUAUAAACUAAAAUUUAUUAUACUUGUAUGUUUAGAUAUUGUUUCAAUAUUUAUAGUAUCGUACUGUGAUGAUAUUUGGAAUUUAUACUAUAAAGCUGAAUGUGAAGGACUAAAUGGAUUCCUAUACAUUUCUAUAACAGGUUGUGUACUAAUCAUUUAGUAAAUAGAAAUUAAUAAACAUAGACAUUAAGUAAAAAUGUAAUUUAAUUAUCAAUAAUCAUAAUUAUAAUAUCAUUAUUAAAGAAAAUAUACUAUAAAACAAGUGCAUUAUUGAACAUUUUAAAAUAAAACAUUUUUUUUAAAUAAUUUUUAGAUACCGACUGUCCAAGAUUACCAAUAGAGGAAGCAAUCACUAUACCUUUGACUACUUCUAAUUCUGAACUAUCUCAAAUGGUAUUGGAUUUAAGAAUGUCAAAUUCGUUAUCAUGGAAAUCAGCAGUUUUAAUGCAUGACAAUUCCAUUGGUAAUUCUUUAUAAUAUUAAUUCUUGAACCGAUUAUGGAUAUAAGUAAACUAUAAUAUCAGGACAUUUAAAGUUAGAUAAGCGCUAAGAAAAUAUGUUAAGUGUUUCAUUUUGAAUAUGCGUGGAAAAAUAGAUUUGUAUUUAGUUACAAAGUUGGUCAGCACUUUAUUCCAGUAGUAGAACCAAAAGUUGAUUGUGUGAUACUAUUACGGGCUAAAAAAGGAUGGAUUAGUAUCGAAUAAAUCAGUGGGGUGGUGGUGCUGAUUACCAAAUGUUUCUCUUUCAAAAGUACAAAGUAUCGAGCUGUUUAUACACUAGGUAUCUCAAAACGAAUAACGACACACGACGGCGUAUUUUAACUACAGAACUAAGAAGAAACCGUAUAUUUUUGAAACGGUAACAUUUGAUUACUAUGUAAUUUUUCCUUAGUUCGUGUUUAACCAGGCGCGUACCUGAAGAGGGGAGCGAUCGCGUAGGUCGGGGGUGUAGCGAAGAAUGUAUUGGUUUCACAAAGAUGUUUAUUUUUAUUUUUUUAUACUGUGAACAAUUUUUUCUAAAAAUCUUGCCCAAUAUGUACGUAUGACACUAUUUUUUAAAGGAAAUAUUGUCUAUUAUUGAAAUAGAGUAGAAGCUGCUUUGAUAAAUUUUAAAUCAAGAUAUACAUUUAUUCUUCCAAAUCAUUUUAUGUUUAGCUUUCUAUUUUUUGUGGAAAAAUCAUUCUAUAAAUAUUAUGAUAAUCCUAAUUCUUUUUUUACUGACAGUUGACGAUUUCUUUAAUACUAAUAACAAUGUUUUAUAUUUUCCAUGUAAAGAUCACAAAAAUGAAGUUCUUACAUAAGUAUAUUUUAACUAGGACCAACAAUUAUGUGACUUAAAAAUCUAUAAAAUAUGUAUGCAGUUAUACCCUAAAAAUUAUCAAAAUAUGCCCUUAAAAUAUGCACUAAAAAAUAAAAUGUUAUUGUAAGUAAUAUUCUAUUUUUAAUUAAAUAAUUUAUUUUUUUAUAUUUAUACUAUAAUACAAUUAUUGCCAAUGAUUUACAAAAAUGUGUGGUAUUCUCAUCAUCUGAAAACCAAACAAAAAUGUUUAAUGUUAUAAAUAAAAUAAUAAUUAAUAAAUAAUAAGUUAAACCAAAACAUUAAUCAAAUGAUAAACAUUUAAAUUCUUAUCUGAUGUUAUUGCAUUGAACAAUUAAUGAUUGUGAUACGUUUUCAAAUAGCAUUGAUCGUGGAUUGUCUGGUAAUACAUUUUUUUUUUUAUUCAAUUAGUAAAAAUGGUAAAUGGUAAAUGGUAAAUAUAAAAUAAAUUCAAAUUAAAAAAUAUCAAUAAUAAUAAAUGUUAAUGUUGCUUAAUACAUUUUCAAUAUCAUUUUCUGAUUUGCCAAUUGAGUAUAAAUUCAAACUAAAAAAUACUUCAUGAUAAUGGCCACGAUAAUUAUCAUACAAAUAAAACAAAUUGUAUUUAAUAAUAUUAAUAUUAUACUAUAUAUCAAAUUGUGUUGAAAUUUAACUUUGUUUUGAUAACCUAAAAUUCAAAUAAAAAUAGGUAUGUUGAUUUAUUAUCAUUGUAAAAUAUAAUUAAUGGUAAAACCCUUUGCUGGAAUAAGAGCGCUAUAAGCAGUCUGUCUCUUAUCCACUAGAGUGGCAUAUUCAUUCUCAUAUUAUUAUCUAUGGGUAUAAGUAUACAAAUAUAAAUCUUUUUUUAGGUGAUAACAUUAUUCAACAAAUUAUCACUUCUUUGACAAAACAUUAUUCAAGUAUUUCAAGUGAUAUUAUUUCACCAUCAGUAUCUAUUUUUAAAAUUUUUACUCAAGGUUCUGAGUGGAAAAGGUAUUAUAAUUAUUUAAACAUAUUACUUUAAAAAAUACUUAUAAAUACAUAUUUGACCCGAUAAUAUACAAAAAGUAUAUUAUAUAAUGACUUUUUUUUUAAAUGUGAGGCUUAUAAAAAUAAAUCAUUAUAAUCUAUAAUUUUAUCCUUAAGGAGAAAAUCAUUUAUAGAAGAAUUUGAAUAUUUUUUAAGAAAAAGUGAAAUAAAUUCAAACUAUAUUUGUAUUGUUAGUAUACAAUAUGUACCUUUGAUUAUAGAUGUGGUGAGUUAAUAAUUAUAAUUAAAUAAUAUUUAAAAAUUUGUUUAUUUUAUGGGAAUUUUAUACUUUUAGGCUAAAUCGAUGAAUUUGAUAACUGCGGAAAACAGUUGGUUAAUUAUAAUUCCAGAUAUAGAUUCAUCCAGAAGUAAUAUAUCAUCGCUUAUCAAUCUACUGAAUGAAGGCGAAAAUAUAUCUUUUAUUUACAAUACUACACAAAUAGGACCAAAAUGCUUUGUAAGUUCAGCUUCUUCCUCUCUAUGUAUUAAAUUCAGUAAUUGGAAUUUUAUUUAAAGUUGUGGUCUGAUGAUAACACAAUGCGAAUAAAAUACUAAAAAAAUAUUGUUUUUCAUUUUAUCAUUAUUUUCAUUUUUCAUUUUAAUUAAAAUCCCAAACAAAGUUUACAAUAUUAUUUCCAAUUUUUAUAAAUGUUGAAGUAUAUUUAUUUUAUAUGACAUGUAUAAUAAAAUAAUUUCAUAUGUUUUAAAGGGAGGUCUUUUGUGUUUGGUUGAUGAAUUAAUGUCUGUGUUCUUAAUGGCAUUUAACACAUUGAUUCAACAGGAAAUAGAAUUGUCACAACGAGUAUCGGAAGAAGAAUGGGAAGAAAUUAGACCAUCAAGAAUUGAUAGAAGACAAUCAAUGAUAUCCUUCAUAAAAGUAAUAACUAAAACUAGUAGAAUUCAAAAUAAUAUCAACAAUAUACCUAACAACAAUAUUAUAAUUUAAUAAUUUAAUAUUUAAUUGGUACCUUAGUAACUAAUGUUUAUUGAUAUACUCUAUGCAAAUAAUUUUAAACCUUUUACAAAUUGUGACAUAAUUUUUUUUCAUGUAAGAUGACCCUUUCAAAAAUCAUUUAAUAGAACUUGAAUAAUAAAAUAUACAGAAUACAUGAUACUUAUGGUUUUUAGUUAAAACUAUCACACAUUACCCAACUGCUCUAUGCAUUUACCAAAUUUGGUUAAAAAUGGUUAAAUUAGAAAAAUAAUUAUUAUACAUAACUCAUAUAAUAGGUAUAAUGAAAAUAAUAAUUCAUUAGUACCACACAUAAUUUGAAUUGUUCUAAAACAAAAAACUCAGUUUUAAUACUUAAACUGUGCAUUACAAUAUUUGUUUUAUAUUUUUAUCUGGCAGAUUCGUUGGAAUGAAUCUGGUGUGUGCGAAACAUGUCCGUCAUGGCAAAUUGACUCUGGUGUUACAUGGGGAGAAGAGCAUUUUGGCCGUGGAUGUUACAUGCUUCCAGUGGGUAAUUGGAACUCAAAAACUGGUUUAAAAUUAACCGAACCACUUUUUCUACAUUUGGCUAAUGGGUUCAGAGGGAUGAAAUUACCCAUAGCCACUUUUAAUGUAAGUAAAUAGAUUUUCAAAUUCAUACCUAUACCAUAAGUUUUGAAAUUUUUAAAUUAACUUGUUUUUAUUUAUUGGCUCCAUUACUAAGCUAUUAAUACUACUUUCACAUUUAGGUAUUUUGUUAUCAGUAAACAGUUUGUAAAACUAAAACAUAAAACAUUAAAUACACACACUUUAUGUAAUUUUAUUUUAAAUAAUAAUUAUAUUACACCUACAUGACAUUUAAUAAUUUAUAUUUUACUGAUUAUUGCCAGGUAAUUCUUGAAAAGUUAGUAUGGUGAAACUGAAUUGGAUAAAAAUAAAUAAAGUAAAAAGUGCGAGGAUGAGGAAUUUGAUGAGGAAUGUACUUGUUCUAGAAAAUUGAAAUGAAUGAUUGGAAAGAAUGAGAUGAAGUGUGAUUAAUAAAAACAAUACAAUUUUACAGAAUUUAUGUAAAAUAUUGGUUUAUAGUUUUAUGCAACCAAAAUAUCUACAUAAAUAAUAAAUAAUAUUAUAUUAUUAUAUUAUUAAAUAUCAUAUUUUGAGAGUUUACUCAAAAUAUGCAAUUUGACUUUCCAACAAAACCUUGUAAUUCAAUGCUAACAAAUUACACAAGUCUAUGACAAGAAAACUGUUAUUAGAAAACUACAAGAAAAAUCAUAAAAUUUGUUUCCCAAUGCACUCUUUAGAUAAGAGAUUCUUCAAGAAAGUUCUUAUAAAAUUUGCGAUUGGAUUAAUAUUUGUUAUAAUAGUUUACACAACCAAAAAAAAUAAAUCUUAUAGUAAAAUCAUUAUAUACCUUGCUUCAUUAAGAAUAUACAAGACAGGAUAUAUUAAAUAUAACAUGUUAUAGGGAAAUUGAUUUUUAAAUAGGUACAAAAUAUAAUAGGUAUUUAAUUUUUUUGAGAUUUUUUACCAGUUUUGUUGAAAUAUUUAAAAUUAAAACCACAUAAUCUAUUUGCAAUAUGGUUAUUAUUUGUAUAUUUAUCAAAUUUGAAAAAUUAAUAAUAUUUUGAUAAUAAUUAAUAGAAAUCAAAAAUAGAUAGUAUUUAUAUUGAAUUAUAAUAACUAUUUUAAAGAUGAAUAUUAUACAUGGUAUUACAUUUUAACUUAAAUAUUGAAUUUAUAACACUAUAAAUUGAUGAAAAUAUCACUAUUGAUGUGAUACACUAAAUAUAUGUGACAUAAUAUACAUGAAGACAUUGAAAUUUGAAUAUCCUGAUGCUUACAGAAUAUUUAUUUAUAAAAUAUAUUAUAAGACAAUACAAAUAUUUUGUUACAGUUUCCACCUUGGCAAAUCAUAAAUUUCAACAAAAGUGGACAUUUAAUUGGUUAUAGUGGUUUAGUAUUUGAUAUUAUUGAUCAACUGGCUAUAACAUUAAAUUUUACGCAAGUAAAUUUCAUAUUAUAAUAACUUAUUUUGGUUGUACAGGUACUAAAUAUCUAUCAGAACUUAUGUUAUGUAAUUUUUUAUUUUUGAAUUCAAUAGAAUGAAUUUUUCUUCUAUUAUCUAAUAAAUAAAAAGUUACUUUAUCAAAUUAAUUAGAAAAUAUUAUUGUAUAAUAUCUUAAUACUUACCUUAAGAUUGUUGAGUUUAAAAUAUAUAAAAUUCAAAUUUUCUACAGGUACAGUGUUAUGGUCAUAUCUAACACAGAACAGACCAAUAAUAAGACUAAAACUUUAUUUCCACAAAAUGUAAGUCCUUUAAAAUUCGCUAAACAAUUUUUUUUAUGAAUAUUAGAAAAUAAUGUAAUUAAAUAUUAUAGAAUUUAUUUGGUGAUUAUGAUGCCUCAGUCUCUAAACCUAUUUGGGAUAAAAUUAUUGAUCUCGUUAGAUCUGACCGAGUGAGUUUUAAUUUUUAAAUAUCUACAAAAUACAAUAAGAUUUAGAUAACAAAAAUAAAUUAAUAAGUAAAAUUAGGUACUUAUAUUACUAUAUAUUUUAUAAUUUUAAAUUAAAUUUGUUUUGAAAAAUAUGUUGAUACUUUUUUUUUAUAAUUACGUAUUAGUAUAAACUAAUUCUGUGUUCACUCUAAUAUAUUUUUUGUUUCUUUUUUCCGAAAUUAUAGAUUUUUAUUGCAGCAGCAGCCUUUUCUGUAAAAGAAGCCAACAAAAUCUAUGUAAAUUACACAACACAUAUAAGUCUAGAACCACAACAAAUUUUAGUGGCCAGGCCAAAAGAAUUAAGUAGAGCUUUAUUGUUCACGGCACCAUUUACAUUAUUGGUAAUAUUAUGUUAAAUAGGUAUUUACUAUUAAAAAUUAAAAAUAAUUAUUCACACUUUGUAUUGUAACAUAAAAUUAGUCUAUUUUUGACAUUUUCAGUUGAGGUAAUUUGUAUAGUUGUUGUUAUAUUUAUAUAGGAAAAAAGACAAUUUUAAAAUAAACAAUCUUAAUUAUAAAUUAAUGGGUGCACCAAAACUAAAUUUCUUAUGGGAUUUGAACAAAAUAUGUACUGUAUUAUUGUUGUUUAGACAUGGCUGUGUAUAGCUGUGGCUGUUGGUCUUAUGGGACCUCUGUUAAAUUUAAUUCAUGGAUUAAGUCCAUUCUAUGAAUAUCACAACAUAUCAAGAAAGGGAGGUCUUAAUUCACCAUUGAACUGUUUUUGGUAUAUUUAUGGAGCACUAUUGCAACAAGGUAAUCUAUAAUAUUAUAUCCAAUUAUUUUAUGUAUUAUUAUAAUCAAAUUUUUGAUUAGAAUAUAUAACUGACUAUUUAAACUUUUAACUUUAAUUGCUAAUUCAUAUUAAUUGUUUUUAUGGUAGAUAUAUUUUGGUAAGGUAGAAAACCAAGUUAGGUGAGGUUUUAGAAUGUAAUUAAAAUAAUAAAUUAAUCUGGAAUAAGCCUUUUAAAUAAUGCAUUACCUAAUUAAUUGUGAUUUUAAAUUAAGAGUAUUACAUUGAAUGUACAAUGUAAUUUUUCUUUUUAUAUAUAUACAUUAUACAGUGUACAAAAUUUCUACCAGAAAUCUAGCUCCAAUGUAUUGAGUGUAGUAUUUUUGUUGAAAGAUGAUUUGAUCUAGUUGGUAAUUAAGGGAAUUUUUUUUUUGAUAUUCUUAAGGUUUUCAUAGCAAUCUGGAAGAGCCAAAAAAUAAAAAAAAAAAUAAACACGAUAUAUGAAACCCAACAAAUGUAUGUCAUCAUUCCUUUAUUAAACAUUUGUAUGGUUUAUGAUUUCUCAUAAGAGUAUUCCUCCAAUAAAAAACUGACAAGAGAUUUUUUCUAAUGCAGUUUAUACCUUUAAGUGAGUAAGAAUAUCAGUUUUUAAAUUUCCUUGUAGUUUUCUUAAUAAUUGAGUAAAAUUGGGAAAAAAGAAAAGUGUACAGAAUUAAUAGUUUCAUUAUACUCAAUUUUUUCAUUUUGUUAUAAUUCUGUUAAGAAUAUUUGUAUUGACUUAAAAUGUAUACAGAAGACUUGUAUUAGAUUUUUCUAGAUGUGGUAACAUUUUUGAAACAUGUCAGCAAUUUUUAUGCUAUUUAUAACUUUUAUAAGUACACAUUUUGAAUUUUCUAGUUUUUAGAUUUGCAGCAGAGUGCAGAGUAAGUAAAAUAUUGGUUUUACAAUGAUGUUUAUUUUUUUAUUUUUGUUUUUUAUCUGUGAACAACUAUUCUACCAGCAAUUUUGCUCCGAUUUACAAUGAUAGCACUUUUUCCCGGAAAGAAAUCUGACUGGGGUGGUACUUUGAGGAGGUUAUUUUUUAAUUUUCCAAGGAGUUUUCUUAAUAUAUUAGAAAAAACUGGAAAAAAAUAAGGAAACUUGGAGAAAGGGGGAAAAUAGAUACAAUAACAAAUAACAUAUAUAAUAUAUAAUAUAAAUUUAACAAAUAUUAUUAAAGAAAAUGUUCAAUGUAUAUAUAAUUAUUCUACCUUAAUAUGAUAUAUAUAUAUAUAUAUAUAUAUAUUGUUGACAAAGUAACAUUAUCAAUUGAACUCCAUUCAGAAUCGUUUUUUGUUAGAAAUGGUUAGACAUACAGGUAUACAUUAAGUUAACUAUAACAGUUGCUGUACCCAUCCCCAUUAUUCUAAGGCGUCUUUUUGUUUUUUUGAAGAGAGUUCAGUUUUAUCAAUUCACACUUAUUAGCAAUGGGUAAGCAUAGUAUACAGAUGUACAUUAAAUUUCCCCUCUACUGUCUCAACUUCUCACCUACAAUAGUGGCUCACCCACGUGCAAAGUAUGUACAUAUUUACAACUUACAUUUUCUCAAGUAGAUACUCUGCAAAUAAAAUUGUUAGACUAAACAGAAGUGCUUGAAAAUUCAGCAGGAGGUUCACUAUAAAUAGUACUCUGUGAUAAAAUGUGUGUAGUGUUUAAUAUAUAAUUAAUAAUUAGGUGUAUAUUUUUAGAAAACUUAUUUAUAUUUUUCAACUCAUUACAAAAAUAAUAAUAAUAUUACAACAGUGUCUAUUUUGUUAUCAUUUUUUAGUUAAUAGGUACAGCAAAGUAAUUUACUUAUAUUUAUUGAUAUCCAGGUGGAACUCAUUUACCAGAAGCGGACAGUGGCAGACUGGUAAUUGGCACCUGGUGGUUGUUCGUUUUGGUAAUAGUUACCACAUAUAGUGGAAAUUUGGUGGCUUAUUUGACAUUUCCUCAAAUGGAUUCCAUGGUGUCUAACAUGGCUGAUCUCAUGGCCCGUAGGUCUCAAGGAUAUUCGUGGGGAAUUCCGGAAACUUCAAAUUUACAUUCAUUGUUAACUGUAAGAAAGUUUUUAGAUGUUCAAAAUUACUUGGUACUAUGUUAAUAUUAUAAAAUUGAUUUCCUUUUUACAUACAAUUUCAAUUAGUCAUUACCGGAUGAUACAAUGAUUAAGGAAUUAAUUAAAAGUGCUGAACACCACAAGGAGUUGUCACAGACUGUUGUAGAAAGAGUGAGAUCUGGCAAACAUGCAUUUGUUCACCGUCGGACCAACUUGAUAUAUGUCAUGAAGAAUGAUUAUAUACAAACUAACAGAUGCGAUUUUGCAAUAGGUACAUAAAAAAUAUAAUAUUCUACUUUUAAUUUUUGUUUCAGGUUGUCUUAUGGGACUUUGCCUUACACGGAUGCAGCAUAGGAAUUAAGAGGUGUUAUAUUUUUAACAUACCAAUUGGUCUUGUGAAGUAAUAAAAAUUCUGAUUGGUAUUUGUCACCAAGUCUAUUUGAAAUCUACCUUUCCACAUAUUUGAUUUAUUUCCUUUAAAUACUAUAAAGCAAUAAUAAUAAAAAAAGUAAUUAAAAAUGAAAAAUGUUAAUUUUUGGAGAAAUUAAAAUACAAACAUGAAAUAAACGGGAAAGUUGAUCUUAAAUUAAUUUGAUGAAAAAUUUAACUGUUGCCAGAAUUUUCAUCACUUAACUAGACCAAUUGGUACAUUAGAAAUAUAGCACAUCUAAAUUCCUGUUUUAAGUGUAAAAGACAGAGGUAGAAAACCACCACUUCCAAGUUCCUAAUGUAUAGGUAUUAAUACUGACCACUGUGCAUCUUGUUCAAAUUUUUUUGUUAUUAUUAUUUGUACAGUUUUGAUUGGUUUUAUAUUGUGUAAAAUGUUCCACAGGAAAUGAAGAUUUUGCAGAAGAAAAAUUAGCAAUGAUUUUGCCAAAAGGAAGCCCAUAUUUAAGUAAAAUAAAUAAAGAGUUAAGUAAAAUAGAGAUUUAAAGAUUUAAAAUACAUUUAAAUAUUUCAAAUUAUAACUGCAAAUGUCAUUUUACUUUAAACAAAUUUAGUUAAAUGUAGUAUUUUUUUUUCUUUUUUAUGAGUUUUAAGAGUUAUCUCAAAAUUCAGAGCAAAAUCUUUAAAAACGAUGGAACAUAGUUAAAAAAAACUAAUCAGUUAAAGCAUUUAAAAAAUAAAAAAAACCAACAGAAAACUGCAUGGUUUAAUGAUUGAUGCAGGGAAGCAAUAAAAAGAAGAAGCAAGAUUAAAAAUGAUAAAACACCCAUCUCCUGAUAUCAUAGAAGAAUUUACUAAAAACAAAAAAUAGCAAGCAAAAUAUUGAGACAGGCUCAAACAGGACCUAAACUAAAUUAUGAAUGAAGAGGUCCAAAAUCCAAAAUUUUUAAACUUGUUUGAAAACAUUUUAAAUAUGGACCAUGGGUUAUGGAGGAAAGUGAAAGUAUGUGUGUGUGUGUGUUACACAGCUUGGCCUCUCUUUGAGGAACUCCCUAAGAGGAUAAUAUUAAUUUUGAGCAAAUAAAGAUAGGUACUCAUCAACUUGUGACCAAAAUACACAGACUACUAAGAGAAAUAUGGAACACCGAAUAAAUACCUGAAGAUUGGACAAAAACCAUCAUUUGUCUCAUAUUUAAGAAAGGCAACCCUAUGGAUACAAGAAACUACAGAGGAAUUGUGCUUUUAGACUCAUGUUACAAAAUCGUAUCCCUGGUACUCUUAUAAGGAUUGGAAAUAUACUUUAGAGCAGGGGUCCAGAACCUUUAUUGUGUAAAUGAGCCAUUUGAAAAAAAAAUUGCAAAACCAUGAAUUUUUAAGAGCCACACUAACAUAAAAAAAUAUACCAUAAUACAAAAAAUGACUCGUAUAUUUUACAAAGCGAUUUCAUUGAAAAUUGGUAGGCAUUAAAGACAUAAUAAUACAUCUUAAAUUUAGAAAAAUUAGAAUUUUUUUCUUUUACCAGAAAUAAACUUUGUUAAACCCAUAAUAUUAUAAUUUUAUAAAAGUCAAAUAUAUACAAUAAAUUAUACCAUAAUCUAAAAAAAAAAAAAAAAAAAAAAUUAUAAUCCAUUUUUAGUUUAUAUUCUACAAGUCUUGAUAUUGAUGCAUUUUUAAAGAGCAGGUUACCGACCCCUACUCUAGAGAUAUAAUCAGAGACUACCAAAGUAGUUUCUUGAGAGGAAAGUCAACCUCUGACCAUAUUUUCACAAACAGAAAAGUAAUGGAAAAGUUUUAUGAAUAUGAAAAGGAUGUUCAUAUAUGCUUUGUUGACUUAAAGCAGGCAUAUGACAGUAUAGUUCAGAAUAAACUGUGGAUGGCUCUAGAAGAAUUUGGAAUCCCUAAAAAAACUUUUUCAUUUGAUAAAAGAGUGUAACACAUAUACCUUGUGCAAAGUGAAAUAUGAAAGCAGUAUAUCGCUGAAUUUUGGAAUUAAAACUGGUCUUAAACAGAAUGAUCAGCACUGUCUCCUGUCAUUUUUAGCCUAGCAUUUGAAAAAGUAGUAAUGUCAAUGCCAAAUAACUUAAUAAGAGCAGUGAAACCAAUAGGUCUGGAAGUGAAUUAAGACAAAAUAAAAUAUUUAGCCAUGACUAAGGGAACAAGAGGCAACUCAAACCUGGUAGAAUUAUACUUUUAUACCAACAAGUUGAAAAUUUCAAAUAUCUUUGGCAAACAUAAAUCAACAGAAUAAUAUGUAUAAUAAAGUUAAAUUAAAGAUAUGUGCCAUUAACAAAGGUUAUUAUGCUUUGGAAAAAUUAUUUAAUUCAAAACUUCUCACUAGAUAAUCAAAGGAUACACGCUUUCCUCAAAAUAUCUGCAAUCAAUUUUAGCAUAUGCUUGUGAAAUAUGGUCUAUUACUAAGGUGAUGAAGAAAAAAUGGCUUAUUUUGAAAAAAAAAUAAAGAAUUUUUGGGCCUAUUUUAGAUAAUGAAGUGUACAGAAGAAGAGCUAAUAGAGAAGUACAGCUCAUUUAUUAUCAUACAGCACCCAAAGCCUGAAAUAAAUGCUUAAUAUUGAAGAAAGAAUAAAUGGGAAAAGACUUAAUGACCACCCUAGAUAUGGGUAGAGAGGGUCAAGUGUUCACUAAGAGUAACAAUAGAGAUAGAUGGAGAAAUUUAGUUGAAGCAGCAAAGUCCUUUAAGGACUGUAAAAGCUGAAGAAAAUGAAGAUAAGUUUUAAAAUCAAAUUUUGAUGAAAAUCUUAAAUAUUACAGUCUUUCAAAAUAUGUAUGUAUAAAUGAAUUUCGCUUCAAAUUUUUUUUUCAUUAGGAAUUGUUUAUUCCUGCUUAGAGAUAUAAAUUAAAUAAUUUUAUGUAUCCUACUCAUCUAACUUUCCACCUACAACAGUGCCACACCCAGUCCUCCCCAGGUUUUUUCUUUAAAUUAUAACUAAUAAAUUGUUGAUCAAUAAUAAGUUUCAGUUGUAAUACAAAAGAAUUAUAUAGUUUUUUGAAAAUUUAUAUUCAGAUAAUAUAUUUUUAAAAGCAGUCUACACUACAAAAUAAUUGCAAAUUUUAAAAACUUUUUUUUAAUUAUUCAGGAAAGAGUAAACACAUAUCAAAAUGUAUUCUUAAGUAUGCAUUACAAAUACAAUAGUUAUAUGUGUAUAAUCUUAAAUAAUUAAUAUAUUGGAUAUAAAAUAUAGUUGGUGUUGUAGUGAACCAGAUCUGAUGGUAUAGUAUAUCAAUAUAUUAUGACUAAAGGCACCUACUGUUUCUACCAGUAGUCAACACUUUUUACUGAUGUUUGAAAAAAUAACAACACUUAAUAAAGAUAGAAGUAUUGAUUUAUUUUAGAGACAUGCUCACUUCUGGAUUGAGCAUAAAUAAGGAACUAUUCAAAGGUUUAUUUGGUUUCUCCAAAAGAAUAAAAAUAAGCCUAAGUCUGAUUAGUGCAGGCACCUAGGUCCCUAUUUAUGUAUAAGUGGUAAACCCGAGUGUAAAAAUGUGUUUUACAAUCCAAAAGUGGUUCUUCCUAUGCAUUUGUAUAUUUAUUACCUUUUGUAAAAGGGCUAUAUAUAGUUAUUAUUCUCGGAACCAGCGAUGGAUUUUCAAAAACAAGAUACAUAAAUUCAACAUACAAAUACAUCAACACUUAUUGCACAUAAUAAUAAGAGGAGAUCAAUAUAAAUAAUGAAAAGUAGUAAUCCCGGUUACUACAGUAUUUUUUUAUUCCUAAAACUAGCAUUUAAAUUUAUAAUUUUUAUUUUUUACGGUAACAAUAAAAUAACAAUAUUUUAUUAAACUUAAAUAUUGUGAGGGUACUUGAUAAGUAUAAUAACAAUGUACAUUGUUUAUAGGAUUGAAAAAAUGCAUAAAGUUGGUCUUAUAAACAAAUGGUUGAUGAACACUUUGCCGAAAAAAGAUCAAUGUUGGAUCAAUACACCACUACAAAUUACAAACCACAAAGUUAAUUUAGAUGAUAUGCAAGGAUCAUUUAUUGUUCUAUUUCUAGGUGAAUUACACAUAUUAUAAUAUAUAAAAAAUAUAUAUAUAUAUAUAUGUAUAUAUUAUUUUAGGUAUAUUAUCAUCAUUGGUGUCAUUUGCUGUUGAAUAUUUAUUACAUAAGAACAAAAACCGACAUCAAAUCUUAAUAAUGCCAUUUAUAAAUUAA